CAAGCCAAAGACAAGCCCAAACAUCAUCACUGCCACAAUGAAGGUCUUUGUCGUUCUACUGGUUGCCACUUUGGCCGUUGUUGCUCAAGGAUCAUAUUUGCCAACAGUAUUGUCACAGUCCGGUGCAUGGAAUAGCUGGAAUGGAUGGAACGGUUUGAACACCUGGGAUAACCAUGGUCUGGUUGCCAAAUCGUGGUCCUCUGCGUGGCCAGUUGCCUCCCAAUGGAACAAAGGAUGGAACGGAUAUUAUGGUGGCGUGGACAAGCUGAAUUCCUGGGGACUCCCAUGGGCUGGUUAUGGUGCUGGUGCCUACGGAUGGGGACACCAUGGACUCGUUAAGACUGUUGUUCCAGUAUCGAAGCAGAUCGCUUCCACUCCGGGAUCGCUCCACGUUGCCACGGUGCCACUCGAUGUUCAAAAGGUUAUUGGUUAUUAA